AGUUAUCACUUGUUGUAAACAACCUAAAAUAGUUGUGAUUUUGUUCCUAUUUUCAAUUAUGUCUGCUGAAGACGACCUUGAAAUCGACGUAAUGUACGGCUUGAAAACUGUGUUAACUCAAAUUGAGGCAGCAGUAAGCCGUAGGAGUAAGGACCUACCACAAAUAGCACCAAGGCUUGUGGCAGUAUCUAAGAUAAAACCAGCAGCUCUCAUCAUACAGGCCUACGAGGGUGGCCAAAGACACUUCGGAGAAAACUAUGUAAAUGAACUGGCAGAAAAGGCCAGCGAUCCACAAAUUCUUGAGAAAUGUAAAGAAAUCAAAUGGCACUUUAUAGGGCAUUUGCAAACAAACAAGAUCAACAAAUUGCUCGGUUCACCGGGAUUGUUCAUGGUGGAGACUAUUGAUUCAGCGAAACUAGCAGAUAACGUAAAUAAGCAAUGGGUAAAGUACAGGAAAGAAGAGGAGAAACUGAAGGUCAUGGUGCAGGUUAACACAAGUGCUGAAGAAGCUAAAAAUGGAAUAGAGCCAUCAGAAUCACCAACAUUAGUAGAGCAUGUCAUAAAGAACUGCCCCAAUCUAGAGUUUGUGGGACUGAUGACCAUUGGCCAGUAUGACUAUGACACCUCCAAAGGACCCAACCCAGACUUUCUGACCCUUGCCAAAUGCAGGCAAGAGGUGUGUCAGAAACUCAACUUGGAUAUUAAUCAAGUUGAACUAUCCAUGGGGAUGUCAAGUGAUUUUGAACAUGCUAUUGAACUUGGAGCCACUACAGUUAGAGUUGGGUCUACCAUCUUCGGCGCUCGACCUCCGAAGGCAAAGGCUAACUAAGUGAAAAUGUUGAAAACAAACUAAUAGGACAAUAAGUUAUCUCAUUCUGUUACUGUUUAUAUUUUUAAUAUGUUAAAUAAAAUUAUUUGUUGGCAGACAA